AUUUUAGUGUUCUCCGAAUCCCAGCCAUAUAAGCUAACAAUCUAACAAUAAGGUGUAUCAUCCGAUACUAGAUGCGGCAAUUUGUAUGUAGGCGGCGAUGAUUUGUAUCAAGUUUAAAUAAUCCGUUGACAAAGCAAGGAGAAUAUGGUGCUUUGCAAUAUUCCACUAAACGUGCAUGCAUAAAAGCCGAUAUUAGUCUAUUGAUCAGGGGUGCUCUCUUAUGUAUAAUCAGCUCAUGAAGAGAUGCAUAAAGACACAAGAUAAGUCCAUUCCAUCUCAAUUCAUUCAAUCCAACUCCAAUAACUUUCUCAACUCAUCAUUCUUCAACCACAAUACCUAUUUACUUCCUACAUACACCCAACUAAUCCCCCCAAAAUGUCAUCCACCAACAAAAUCGCAAUCGUUCUCAUCGAUCCUUAUAAUGACUUCCUCCAUCCCAAAGGCAAAGUCUAUCAUCUUCUCGCCGAAUCUAUCGCCGCUACAAACACCAUUGCUCAUCUCCAGAAUCUCGUGACGACUGCUCGUGCUCAGAAAAUACCUAUUUAUUAUGGUUUGCAUCAACAGGUAAAGGCAGGAUUUCUAGCUGGUUGGCAACAUCCAACUGUGACGCAGCAGGGCCAAAGAGAUCACAAGACUUUUGAGGAGGGAUCAUGGGGGGUUGAGAUUUAUGAAGGAUUGGAGCCAGAUGUGGAGGGAAAUGGAGAUGUGGUUGUUAGUAAACAUUGGUGCAGCAGUUCGUUCUCAAACACCGAUUUGGAUUACCAGUUGAAGCAAAGAGACAUCACCCAUCUCAUCUUUGCUGGAUUGACGGCAAAUACUUGUUUGGAAUCCACAGCAAGAUAUGCUUAUGAAUUGGGAUAUCAUGUAACUAUGCUUAAAGAUGCAACGGCAGGCUUCAAUACCGUGGUAAAGGAUGCUGCGACUGAUCUUAUCUGGCCGUUGUUUGCAAAUGAGGUUUUGACCGUGGAAGAUUGGAAGAAGAGUUUGUAAGGUAAAGUGGCUGCAGACAGUUAUUGGCUUGGUUGAUGAUAUGUGAUUCGAGAAGGACUAGUUUUGGAAGUUCAAACUUUAUGACAGUCUUGCAAACCGAAAUUUGGAAUUUGACUAUCUCGUCACAUGUUCGAUUGUCGUUUGAUGCCAUAAAAAUCCACAAA